AAUUUCUACGCGCUACUCAUUGUCGGUCGUUAUUGCCUUCGCUCUCGCGCGCGUCUCUCUCUCUCUCCCACACACCCUGUGAGCUGAGGUUCACUUCCGCUUCCAAUGGCCAACAAGCAUACCAUCCUUCUUAUGCAAACAUCUCACAACAGAUCAACUAGGACUUUUAUGGAUUAUGAUUCAAUAAGUCAAUCUAUGGACGGUAUAUGUGGCCUAUACGAAAGGAAACUUAAGGACUUAAAUCCGGCCAUCAGAAAUAUCACUUAUGACAUUGCGGAUCUCUACAAUUUUAUCGAUGGCCUCACUGAUAUGAGCGCACUAGUAUUCGAGCAUUCAAUUCAGGGAUAUUUGCCUUAUGAUCGGCAGUGGAUUAAACAAAAGAUCUUUCAACAUCUGAAGAAACUAGCACAUUGAGACAGUUAUAGACUACUGCAUUUGUUCUCAAUGACAUUCUAAACUUCUGCAUCAUAUGGAGUUAAAAAGGCACUUGUAUGAAGAGUAAAAAUUUAUCUCGUCUUAUCUGCCCUCGUUACGAUCCCGGGUUUGCUAUUACACGGGAAUCCAUACCUUCUAUGCAUGCAUCUGUAUCUAGAAAAUAUGUGUCCUGUUUUUCUCAUCUUUCACUGAAAGUAUCUGUUAUGAUCCAUGAGGUUGUUGGCUGUUGCAGGGUGCAAGUUUUUUUUA